AAAUGAACGAGGCAAAUGGUAAUCAUUCCAUCAUCACCACAACUAAUCAGAGUGAUACAAACCGGCAAUCUGAAUCGCCGGCACGCACGAUUGACUCACAUGACUCAACAACGGGCAGCAUGGAUACCAUUGUCGAUCGGGCAACCCACCACAGCAGUAAUAGCAACAAUAACAGUAUGGGCAAUAUUGCUGUGGCAAUGGGUGGUAAUGUUAAUGCUUCUUCUUCUUCUUCACCAUCGAUGACCAACAACAACCAUGAGGAAAUGAUGCAGACCACAAUUGAACAGAGUACUAACACCACAAAUAUGCACAACAGUUUAACCAAUUCCGAAAUAGCCAUGUUGCAACAACAAACUACAAACGGAAGUGAUGAUGAAUUAAUGCCGACGACACCGCAGCAACAACAACAAAAUUCCAACCACAGCAACAACAACAAAUCGUCCAUGACAAAUGGCAAACCAAUGGAUGCACAAAGUCACAUUUAUUCCAGUCCCGUCUAUGAUGAGAAACCACCACAGCCAUUAAAACUAACAGCUGCCACAUUGGUGGACACCGUCAAGGAUGGUAGCUUGAAGAAACCCAAAUUAAUAUCCCACGAAGAAUUCAAGCAACAGCUACAGGAAACCAUUGCCUCACGAGCAGCAACAUUAGAUUCGAGAAUUAGCAAAAAACAAAGAUUUCCACCAGAACUCAUCAAGGAUGAUCGCAGUUCGGUGAAAUCGGUAAAAUCCCUGAAAAAGAAAUCUGCCUCAUUUAAACCGAAAAGUAGCACCGCCUGUUGCUCGGCAUUUCCAGUACAAAUUAUUUUGGGUCUAUUACAGUUGUUGUUGGCCAUAUCAUUGGUGGCAUUGGGUUCUUUGUUAAUUGUACGCGAAGCAGCGUUGUCCACAGCUGGCUGUGGUAUAUGGACGGGCUUGAUUGCUGCGGUGACUGGGUCAUUGGGUGUCGUGGGUCUCCGAAAGACACAAACAUCAUUUUUGGCUUUGAGUUUGGUGUGCAUUGCCACGAGUACUUUGGCCUUGGCCAUAUCGGGAGUUGGACUAUCACGUGAUGUUAACCAAUCGAAGGAAGAGUUCGAUUUAUUGAAUGCCAAAAGUGAAAUUUCCGCUGCAUCUGGUCUCAUUUUCACUUUAUUUCUACAUUUUGUUGUCAGUGUGGUUUCCGUUUAUCGCUGUGCAUUGAAAAUGUGUUCAAGGUAA